AUGACAAAUAAUAGAAUAAGAAAGUCAACAACAUUAUUCAUUAUAGUAGUGGUGGCCCUUUGUUCUUGUUGGGUUGCUCACGCCCAGGACCCUCCAAAGUUUAUGAAUGAAAUCUUUCAAUCUGGGCAAAUAAUCUACUAUGAUACAACACCCAGCAGAAACAGUAAGUUAUUGGUUUUACCAUUUUUUUUUUGUAAAUCUCCACAUAUUUAUAUUCUACUCUACUUUUGGGAAUUAGGUGAUUUUCAGUCAUCCUACUGGACUUCAUAUUUCUUUGGAGAGAAAGGAUUGGUUUUACCAUAUCUUGGUCCUGAUGGGAAACCAGAAUAUGCACUAGCAGGAGCUUCACCUUUAGGAAGUGUUUCAUCACCAGCCAGUUUUUCAAGUUACUUUAAUCAAGUGAAUGGAAUAUCAGAGGAAAUAGUCGUUGGAGAUAUUCUGGAAUUUGAUCAAUACCCACCCUUUAUCUACGAAUUACAUAGAUUUAAUUAUUUCCCACUCAAUGGCCUUGGAUUUGAUAAUGCUGCCAACUAUCCUUCAGAAACAAUUUACUAUGACGACAAUGGAAACCCUCAAAACUUUCAUUUUUGUGCACACCUACAAUACAAAUUCGAUAACUAUCCCUGUGAAAUCGAAUAUUCAUUCACCAAUUUUGAAAGAGGGAAUAUGUGGAUCUAUAUGGAUGGAAUGUUGGUUUUCGAUAAUCCAAUGGGUCAACCACAGAAUACCUUUUUCCGUGAUAACGUAAAACUAGAUAUCUUUUACUGUAGCAUGUCAACACCAAAAACCGACCUUACCAUCACGAUUAGUAUGUGUCGGUGUUAUCAAGGCCAGUGUUGUAGAGUAGACGAUUGUUUGCAACCGUUUUAUGAAAAUCUUUGUGGUUUUAAGAAUUGUGACUCAAACAUUGCAACUUGUUUUGGAACAUUUGAUGGGCUUUGUAAUAAUGUUGCAGGAAACUACUGUACAACUCCUGUAUGUGACAAUAAUUUCCCAUACACUUGUAUGGACACUGAAACCUGUCCACAAGAUGGUAUCACUUGUAACACUGAAUCCUGUACCGAUGAAAGUACUGGUACCUGUGCAAGUGUAGAUAUCUGUCCACCAAGUACCGAUACCUGUUUUGUCGGUAUGUGCGAUGUCAAUGCAAAUGCUUGUGUAUUGAAUCCAAUUGUUUGUGAUGAUGGUAAUCCAUGUACAUUGGAUUGGUGUGGAGAUGGUAGUUGUGGUUAUUCAGACCUAUGUAAUACAACGAGUUUGUGUGAAAGAGCACAUUGUAGAGUUGCUGCCAAUGGAAUAGAUGGUGAAUGUUACAUUGAAGAUUUAUGUGUUGAUAUUGAUCAAUGUAUUAUUGGUAGUUGUAUAUCCCCACUUCUUGGUUGUCAAUUUGUUGCUGUACAAUGUGAUGAUGGAGAUGACUCAACAAUCGAUGCUUGUAUUAAUGGACAAUGUGAAGUUAUCACUGAUUGUACUUCAACUGAUGUAUGUUUAGAUGGUGUUAUUUUCAAUUCAACAUGUAUAUUCGUCCCCAACUGUGUGACAGAUGAUUAUUGUUUCCCAAAGACAUGUACACAAGAUCAAGGAUGUGUAACUAAUCCAGUUAAUUGUGAUGAUGGUGAUACAUGUACGGAUGAUAGUUGUCUAGAUGGUAAUUGUGCUCAUGUUGAUAUUUGCUCGACCACUGAAGUUGUUAGUACAACUGGUAUAGUCUCGACAACUGGUAUAGUCACUACAACUGGUAUCGUCACUACAACUGGAAUAGUCUCUACCACUGGAGUAGUUUCAACUACCGGUGUUGUAACAACUGCACCAGCUACCACAGGAGUUGUGACGACCACGGGUGUACUAACAACUUCAGGUGUAGUAACGACUACUGGAGUAGUAACAACAACAGCAAUAGUUACGACCACAGGAGUAGUGACAACAACGGAAAUUGUCACAACCACUGGAGAACAUACUACAGUACAUCCAACACUUGGUAGUUCUUCUUCUUCGUCGAUAUCAACAUCAUCAUCCUCCUCAUCACUUACUGGUGGAUCAGGAAUAACAACUCAUCAACCACAUGAAUGUGACUUUGGACAUGGUCACCACCAUAUUGGAUGUCCACGUGGAUACAUAUGUGCCAAUAUCAAUGGACAUCGUCAAUGCAUAAAAGAUGAUAAUGCAUGUCCUGCCAUUAAAUGCAACACUGGCAAUGAUCAUCACCAACCUCCUCCUCCUUUAUGUUAA